AUGCAAGCUAAGACAUCAUACCUUAGAAGAUACUUCUCAGCUGCCAGAGUUGUAAAGCAAAAGGGGCCAAACACCAACGUCACACCACACAACCCAGAGCACAGAGGGGGUAUGGUUGAUUUCGGAUUUGCAUCUACUUUCAACAUGGGCUAUGAAGGAUUCAGUAAGCCACUCCCAUUGAAGAGAUCAAACCCAAUCUACGGUAACAGAAAUGAAUUCUUGUGGCUUCUCGCUGGAGUGACUCUUAUCGGUAGCGUAAUCAGUUAAAGAAAGAAUACUGAGGAAGCUUUAAGAAAAGAAGUUAAAACCACUAACAGAUAUGCUCUCUUGCCACUUGGUGCUGGCAGCAGACAACUUUCCAAGUGGACACUCUGA